CUCCUCUCGUCGCUUCUCUCUCCAGUCCAGCGUUUGGCGCUAAACACAGACUCUGUUUGCCAAACACCUUUAAACCACUGAGGAAGAAGAUUAGUUUCACCGCGCUCUCUGUUGUUUUGUAGGGAUGUUAAUCGGUUAGAAUUGUUUCUGUAAGUACAACAAUUCCGCUUUUGAAACAGGUCAAUAAAUACCUGUAAUUUUAUCCACAUAGUCUUUACGUUUUGAAGCAAGCAGGAAUAUCUGGAGGAGUAACGUGAACAACUGAACUGAGAUCUGCUGCUGUGAAGAUGGAGUGUGUUAAAGAGGAGAAGACGAGUGAACCAGAAACCUGGAGAAUAAAACACGAGGAACCAGAAACCUGGAGAAUAAAACAUGAGGAACCAGAAACCCGGAGAAUAAAACAAGAGGAACAAGGAGAAUUUAUUAAAAUAAGUGAGGAGAACGAAGAAUUAAAUGAAGUUCAAGAGAAAAAUCACGUCAAAACUGGAGAAAAACAUUUGAGUUGCUCUCAAACCAAACAGAAAGAUUUAAAGAAAAGAGGAGCCAAAACAUCUUUCACCUGCACUCAGUGUGGAAAGAGUUUGACAUGCAAAUAUAAUCUUGAUGUUCACUUGAGAGUUCAUACUGGAGAGAAACCAUUCACUUGUGAUCAGUGCGGGAAGAGUUUUGCAAGAUCAGAAAAACUUAAGCAUCACAUGAAGAUCCACACUGGAGAGAAACCUUUCAAGUGUUCACACUGCGACAAGAGAUUCAAUCGGUCAGGAGACCUGAAGAUACACAAAUUAAUCCACACUGGAGAGAAACCAUACACAUGUGAUCAGUGUGGGAAGAGUUUUACACAAAAAGGAAGCCUUAAGGCACAUAUGAGAGUUCAUACAGGAGAGAAACUUUUCUUAUGUAAUCAGUGUGGAAAGAGUUUUUCACUCUUAGCAAACCUUAAGGUACACAUGAACAUCCACACUGGAGAGAAACCUUUUAAGUGUUCACACUGUGACAAGAGAUUCAAUCGGUCAGGAAACCUGGAAAUACAUGAGAGGAUCCACACUGGAGAGAAACCGUACACAUGUGAUCAGUGCGGGAAGAGUUUUGCAGGAAAAGGAAGACUUAUGACACACAUGAGAGUUCAUACAGGAGAGAAACUUUUCUUCUGUAAUCAAUGUGGAAAGAGUUUUUCACUCUUAGCAAACCUUAAGGUACACAUGAACAUCCACACUGGAGAGAAACCUUUUAAGUGUUCACACUGUGACAAGAGAUUCAAUCGGUCAGGAAACCUGAAAAUACAUGAGAGGAUCCACACUGGAGAGAAACCGUACACAUGUGAUCAGUGCGGGAAGAGUUUUGCAGGAAAAGGAAGUCUUAUGACACAUAUGAUUGUUCAUACAGGAGAGAAACUUUUCUUCUGUAAUCAAUGUGGAAAGAGUUUUUCACUCUUAGCAAACCUUAAGGUACACAUGAACAUCCACACUGGAGAGAAACCUUUUAAGUGUUCACACUGUGACAAGAGAUUCAGUCAUUCAAGAUACCUGAAAACACAUGAGAGGAUCCACACUGGAGAGAAACCUUAUAAGUGUUCACACUGUGACAAGAGAUUCAGUCAUUCAGGAUACCUGAAAACACAUGAGAGGAUCCACACUGGAGAGAAACCUUAUAAGUGUUCACACUGUGACAAGAGAUUCAGUCAUUCAGGAGACCUGAAAACACAUGAGAGGAUCCACACUGGAGAGAAACCGUACACAUGUGAUCAGUGCGGGAAGAGUUUUGCAAGAAAAGGAAGUCUUAUGGCACAUAUGAUUGUUCAUACAGGAGAGACACUGUACACAUGUCAUCUUUGUGGAAAGAGUUUGAAAUGCAAAUCUAGCCUUGAUGGUCACAUGAGAGUUCAUACUGGAGAGAAACCAUACACAUGUGAUCAGUGCGGGAAGUGUUUCACACAAUCAGUACAUGUUAAAGAACACAUGAGCAUCCACACUGGAGAGAAACCAUACAAGUGUUCACACUGUGACAAGAGAUUCAGUCGUUUAGGAAGCCUGAAAAAACAUGAGAGGAUCCACACUGGAGAGAAACCGUAUCACUGCACUGAAUGUGGGAAGUGUUUCAGUCAAUCAUCUUCUCUACACAGUCAUACAAAAAACAUUCACAGAAAAAACAAAGUAAGUAGAUCAUCUUCUGAUGCUGCCUUUUCAUCAAACUUGAAACAGUAAUGCAUUAAGCAGUAUCAUCUGGAUUAAUCUGUUUCUAACCAGUUGUUACGAGUGAUAUGACAAAGAAACAUUUAAAGUUAUCACAGUGAAUCAAGUUAUCACAGUGAAUAAAGUUAAUCUUCAAAACCAGCAGAUGAACUCUGAGAUUCAGUUCAACUCAAAGAUGGAGUUCCUCCCCAAAGAACAAUGUCAAAAUGUUUUAAUAUUGCGGAUCAUUUUGCUUCCUGAUAUUAAUGAUAUCAUUGUGUUUUCUUAUGAGUUUCAUGUUCAAUUAUCUUUUAAUGCAUGUGUCUCUUGGAGUUUGCUUACUCUUUCAUGAAGUAGAAGCUUUUUACAAAUUGUUCUUGUUCGGGAAGCUGAAGAAGAGACUGUAAUACUUUAAGAGAGACUGAGAUUUAUUUUAAAAAUUGUUCUCUGUUGGUUUUAAAAUGACUGAGUUAUUCUGCUUAAGAUGUAUUUUGGAAAUGCAGAUGCAAGAAAAACUGUCAUGUA